AUGAAGGACUUCACCGAAAUCACGCUUUGCCCCGAGGCUCUGGAGCACAGCAAGACUGAGUUCUGCAACCCCGUCUUUGAGGGAGAGGAGCCCCUGGCAGUGCCUCCAGCUGAGCAGCCACCGGACGAGGAUGGGGUGGGAGCCACAUCACCCCAGGAUGCCCUCGGCCGGCAGCUCUGGGUGCAGGCGGGCUGGCAGUACCGUGCCGACUGCAGGUUCACCUGGCUCUGCGUGGCUCUGAUGAGUGCUGUUCUCCUCUUCCUCAUCGCCCUCCUGCUGGGCAUCAUCAUCCACCAGCUGACAUCCCCUCCACCACCUCACUCCCCGGCUGCAGCCCUGCCUGCCCGCAGCACCGCCACCACCACUGUGGCACCCAGCCAGAGAGACCCCCAGGACCCCAAACCCUCCCCCCCAACCCAUGACCGACCACCUGCAGCCAGCACUCCGGCACCAGCGUGCGGUGGGACCCUGCGUGGCCCCGAGGGCUCCUUCAGCUCCCCCAACCACCCCGACCCCUACCCACCCCAUGCUCUCUGCAUAUGGCACAUCGAGGUGGCAGCUGGCAUGGCCAUCCAGCUGACAGUGGAUGUGUUCAGCGUGGAGGGCACCGCCUCCUGUCUCUUCGACCGGCUGGAACUCUAUGAGGAGCAGGGGACCCGGGGGGGCACUGCCAGGUUCUGUGGCAGCGUGGUCCCCCCAACCUUCAACAGCAUCUCCAACCACCUGCGUGUCACCUUUGUCUCCGAUGGCAGUGUGGGGGCACCAGGCUUCAGUGCUCGGUACCGUGCUGUGGCCCCCAGUGAGAGUGAGUACAUCAUGUGGGUUGGCCUCAAAAUACCCAGGGGUAUGGAUGUGGGUAUGGGCAUGGAUGUGGAUCUGUGCCUCUGGCAGAUCUCCGUGCCCCUGGGUCACAUCAUAGACCUGCACUUCCACAACUUCAGCCUGGAGUCACACGAGGACUGCAGCUUUGACUUCGUGGAGGUUCACGACAGUGCAGGCACCGGGACUGCCAGCCUCAUGGGCAGGUUCUGUGGCCACCAGCUGCCACCUGACCUGACCUCGUCACGCCACGUCAUGACAGUCCUCUUUGUGGCAGAUGAAGGAGUAGCAGACACUGGAUUCUUUGCCACCUAUCAAGCCCGCAAUGCCACAGAAAAGACCUGCAGCCCCGCAGAGUUUUCCUGUGGCAACGGCGAGUGCCGGGCACUGGAGUCCGUGUGCGACGGCUGGCACGACUGCCCCGAUGGCACCGAUGAGCUGAACUGUACUGGGGUCUCCUACCCUGCAUUUGGCUCCAUCUGCGAGCCGGUGGAGGUGGAGAUGUGCCUGGGGCUGGGCUACAAUGCCACCUCCUUCCCCAACAUCUGGCUGGCCAUCCCAGACCAGGCCGGAGCUGCCGAGGUGCUGCAAGACUACCAGACGCUGAUGGAGCUCGCCUGCUACCAGCACCUCCGCCUGCUCAUCUGCAGCCUCUUUGUGCCCAAGUGCACGCCAGAUGGGGGUGUCCUGCAGCCCUGCCGUGCUGUCUGCCUGGCUGCUGAGCUGCGCUGCCAGCACUCCCUGGGUCUCCUCGGCAUCCUCUGGCCCAUCAACUGCAACAUCCUGCCCGACUCCAACGACCCCGUGGAGUGCUUCCAGCCCUGA